UACCGCCCCUGUUGAGUUACAGUGUAGCAAGCAUAGCCAUCUAUGUCAAUACAAUGAUGUAUCAGAGGGCUGUAAUUACUGUUUGUUGUUUUUGAAAGGUCUUCAUGUGACGAGUUAUAACAUGAUAACUUGCAGCAGUCGUUUCACAGCAUACUACGACGAGUUUGAGGAACUCAUGUAUGAGCAUCGAAUCGAAUGCUGAUAAUUCAUUGCGCAAGACAUCUUUCAAUAACUCGAAAUCAUUUUUCUAAACGAACGAGCCUUGUUGCCUUUUGGAUGCCUGUAGCGACAGACUCCAAACAGACCUAAUCAGAGGCCCACAUUCCAUGCCUGGGGUUCUGUUUUAAGCUCUAAGCCAGUCAAUGAUGCUAACCCCCACCACCCCCGAAGCAGAGGACAAGGCCUAUUGCUGCGACUCCCCACAGAAGCUUGUGGCUCAAUUCUCCCACUCAUGCCUGUGAUCCCCAUCCCACGGCGUGUGCGUAGCUUCCAUGGUCCCCACACCACCUGCAUGCACUCAGCCUGUGGGUCUGCACACACCACCCAGCUUGUGCGCACCAAGUACAACAACUUUGACCUUUACCUGCGCUCACGCUGCAUGUACGGCUUCCUGCGCUUCCUGCUCUACUUCGGCUGCAGCCUUCUGACCUCCCUCCUCUGGGUGGCGCUGUCGGCUCUAUUCUGCCUGCAGUACAUGAGCGCCCGUGUCUUCCUGCGGCUGCAGUACAAGCUGUCUGUCAUCCUACUGUUGCUAGGACACCGGCGCCUUGACUUUGGGGUGCUCAACAACCUGUUUAUCUACAGUAUGCAGGUCACAAUGUUCCUGGUGGGAGGCCUGGGCUGGUGCUUCAUGGUGUUUGUGGACAUGUAGCUUCUGGUGACAACAGUGACCAUGGAUUUUUUAUUGUUUAAAAAAAUGUAACCUUUAUUUAACCAGGUAGGCCAGUUGAGACCUGGCCAAGAUAAAGCAAAGCAGUGCGGCACAAACAACAACACAGAGUUACACAUGGAAUAAACCAACAUACAGUCAAUAACACAGUAGAUGGGGAAAAGUCUAUAUACAGUGUGUGCACUGUUAUAUACCAAUGUCAGACCUCUACCCAAUGCACAGCAGCCAUUUUGUACCAAAACAUUACCACACAGCAGCAGUUGCGAUGAAGGUGUAAGGAUGACCAGGAAUAGAAGGUGGACAGAAUAUAUGGUUACACUCUGGUGCUAUUUGCCUGAAAAAAAGCUGAUGCAUACUUACUCUAAGACUUCUGUAAUAACAAGCCUUACUUUAGUUUGGACCAUGAGGGGUGGGAUGCCUCUCCAGACCCUAGAAAGGAAAACAUGCUGUCUUCUGUUUGACUGGAGAAAACAAAUCACGCAAAAUGUUGAAUUCUAAGCAUAAAGGAUACGUUCGUAUUGGUGUUGGAUUCAAAUCCCUUGGUGACCAACAUUCUUUUUGUAACGUUAUUAUUUUACACAUCGUCUUUUCAUUUUUAAAAAAGCAACAGUAUCGUGCUGUAAAGUAUAUGAAUAAGUGAGUAUGUGUUAGUGUUUGCAGAUUGUGUCUUAUUGAUGCCACUAAUAUCUGCCAUGGGCAUGGCCUGCUGCUUGAGCUGUGUCAUCGAGUCUGUAACAGUGCGAGUUAGUUACAGUGGGUGGCUUUGGGUGAAGUGGUCAUUUAGUCCCUCACAUGGUCCCAGAAUCCCUCUCGCAGAGAGAACACUCUGUUCGGCCUCCCUCAGAAAACAAUAGCCAAUCACAGCCAGACACCUCCGUCUCUGCCAACCAAAACAAUGGCUGUGGCUGUGUCCCAAUGGCCUCCUUUACUCAGCUUCUUCCCUACACCAGGACUGAUCUGAUACAUAUAGGAAAGGCUGUAAUGAUAGGAUGAAAACCUAUUCAGAAUGUUUAUCAUUGUGGUCAUGUGUAAAGCCUGUAGUUUUCACUGACCAUGUGCCAAUAACUUUCUCAUUGUUCAUUUUAACUACUGAAAUCCUGAUAAAUUUCUCCUAAAUUCUCCUCCUUUCCUUGUCCCCUUUUCCACAAGCCUAGGUCCUGGCCAGGAAAAGGUCUGGCCCUAGUUAUAGUCACAGCCUCUGUUUCAGUACUUAAACAGUAAACAGUGUGCAAGCCAAGUUUCCACCAUGCUACUUUCUAUUCAGUCUGUUUCAGAUCAGUGCUCAAUACUAAGGGAAGAAAACCAUUUAAAAUAUUUGGGACUCGGCCCCAGUCGUUGGAUGGAGUUCAGAGAUAGAGGACUCAUCUUAAUAUCUGUGCCAUUAUAGUGUCUGUGAUAGCCAGUGAGGCUACAACCCAUAAGAAUCCCUACCCAGUUGACUACUUUGACCAAUUUAAAAUGGCGACAUGGCUGAGGACUGGCAUUGGGCCAAAGUGGGUAUGCAGCACAACCCUGUAUUGUUCUAGGAUCAACUCAUCAAAUGCCUCAUACUCUGGGACACUAAUAUUUGUUAGCCUAGUUCGAAUGUCCUGUUAAAACUGAAUAGAAGGAAGAAUUGCGUUUUUGACAUACAGUUCCUAAAGGAAGUGUUCAUACCUCUUGACUUAUUCCGCAUUUGGUUGUGUUACUGCCUGAAUUCAAAAUGGAUUCCAAUUUAAAAAAUGAUUUCACCCGUCAACACACCCAUAAUGACAAAGUGCAAACAUGUUUUUAGAAAUGUUCGCUAAUUUAUGGAAAAUGAAAUACAGAAAUAUCUAGUUUACAUAAGUAUUCACACCCCUAACUCAAUACCUUGUAGAAUAACCUUUGGCAGCAAUUACAGCUAUGAGUCUUUCUGGGAAAGUCUCUAAGUGAGUCUCUACUCUAAGAUUUCCAUACCUGGAUUGUGCAACAUUUGUGCAUUAUUCUUUUCAAAAUUAUUCAUACUCUGUCAAAUUGUUUGUUGAGCAUUGCUAGACAACCAUUUUCAUGUCAUGGAUUUUCUAGUAGAUUUAAGUCAAAACUACCUCGGACACUCAGGAACAUUCACUCUUGGUAUGCAACUGCCUUGGUAUGCAACUGCAGUGUAGAUUUGGCCUUGUGUUUAAGUUAUUGUUCUGCUAAAAGGUUCAUUAAUAUCCCAGUGUCUGGUGGAAAGCAGACUGAACUAGAUUUUCCUCUAGGAUUUUGCCUGUGCUUAGCUCCAUUCUGUUUAUUUUUUAUCCUGAAAAACUCCUGUCCUUAACUAUUACAAGCAUACCCAUAACAUGAUGCAGCCACCACUAUGCUUGAAAAUAUGGAGAGUGGUACUCAGUAAUGUGUUGUAUUGGAUUUGCCCCAAACAUAACACUUUGUAUUCAGGACAAAAUGUUAAUUGCUUUUCCACAUUUUUUUGCAGUAUUACUUUAGUGCCUUGUUGCAACCAGGAUACAUGAUUUGGAAUAUUUGUAUUAUUUACAGGGUUCCUUCUUUUCACUCAGUCAUUUAGGUUAGUAUUGUAGAGUAACUACAAUGCUGUUGCUCCAUCCUCAGGGAUCUCCUAUCACAACCAUUAAACUCUAACUAUUUUUAAGUCACCAUUGGCCACAUGGUGAAUUCCCUGAGCAGUUUCCUUCCUCUCUGGCAACUGAGUUAGAAAGGACACCUGUAGCUUUGUAGUGACUGUGUGUGUUGAUACACCAUCCAAGUGUAAUAACUUCACCAUGCUCAAAGGGAUAUUCAACGUCUACUUUUUUUAAAUUUGUACCCAUUUACCAAUAGGUGCCCUUCUUUGUGAGGCAUUGGAAAACCUUCCUGGACUUUGUGGUUGAAUCUUUGUUUACAAUUCACUGCUUGACUGAGGGACCUUGCAGGUAAUUGUAAUAAUAAUGUUAAACUGUAUUAUUGUACACAGACCAUGCAAAUUAUUUUGUCCUGAACUUACACUGAAUAUACCAUACCACUGAAUAUACCUUGCCCCAAGAACAGCCUCAAUUCGUAAGGGCAUGGACUCUACAAGGUGUCAAGCAUUCCCAUAGUUGUGUCAAGUUGGCUGAUGGUCCUUUGGGUGGUGGGCCAAUCUUGAUACACAAAGGAAGCUGUUGAGAGUGAAAAACCCAGCAGCGUUGCAGUUCUUGACACAAACCAGUGUGCGUGGCACUUACUACCAUACCCCGUUCAGAGGCACUUUAAAUAUUUUGUCUUGCCCAUUCACUCUCUGAAUGGCACACAUACAGUACACAAUCCAUGUCUCAAUUGUCUCAAGGCUUAAAAAUUAUUUAACCUGUCUCCUCCCCUUCAUCUACACUGAUUGAAGUGGAUUUAACACAUGACAUCAAUAAGGGAUCAUAGUUUUCACCUGGAUUCUCCUGGUCAAUCUGUCAUGAAAAGAGCAGGUAUUCUUAAUGUUUUGUACACUCAGUGUAUUUAGACUUGCCAUAACAAAGGGGUUGAAUACUUGAGUCAAUAAGACAUUUCAGCUUUUCAUUUUUAAUUCAUAAUUUGUAAAAAAAAAAAAAAAAUCUGGCAUUAUGGAGUAUUUUGUGUAGAUCAGUGACAAAAUUCAGAAUUUAAUACAUUUUUGAUUCAGGCUGUAACUCAACAAAAUGUAGAAAAAGUCAUGGGUGUGAAUUCUUUCUGAAGCCACUGUAGCUGUACAAUGCAAUAGAUAUCCAUGUAUAGUAGGCCUAUGGCAAGUAGGGUUGGGGUUAAUUCCAAAUCAAUUCAGUUGAGGAAUGUAAAGAAUUCACAUUUUAUGAAAUGAGAGUUGCAAGUUAUUUUCACCAACAUUUCAAGUCUAUUCCCUGAGUUGAUGGAUGCCAGGUGAGUUGACCCUCCAUUGAACCUGAUCGUCACUAGUUACCACACCCACAAAGGCAUAAUUUUGUCUUGACCCUGCCUAUAUUUCUACAAUUUAUCUUCUAAAAAAACUGAUUUGAAACCUAACCUUAACCCCGCUGAUAACCUUUUGUCUAACCUUAAAUUAAGCCCAAAAGGCAAUGUUUUGUUUAAAUGAAUUUUUACAAUAUAGCCAAUUUUGACUUUGUGGCGGUGGUAACUAGUGACAACCAUUGGCCCUCAUUAACAACAUCUCAAUAUAUCCCGAAGCUGUUCAGAAUGCUUAUGUGGAAAAGUAUGUGUGAAAUGGACAUGGUAUGUUAUUGUUUCCUCCGUUGCUGCUGUUAUACAGGGCAUUGUACUGUACAUUUUCAUAUUACCAAAGCUGCUUGGGAAGAGCAUAUGAAUAAAUGUAUAUAUAAAAUGUUAAAAA